GGGUUGGCCUGGCCCUCCCCCUGGACUCCGGUAUUGGUCGAAACUAGGGGUGGGGAAGGGCGGUCUGAAGACCUGACAAAGCCAAGUCCUGCUCCCUGGCUGCUCUCAGAAAGUCGAGGCUAGUCUGACACUGAGCCUAUUCUUUCAGACCACAGCACCAUGUCCAUGACCCUGGGUUACUGGGACAUCCGCGGGCUGGCCCAUGCCAUCCGCAUGCUCCUGGAGUACACAGACUCAAGCUAUGAGGAGAAGAGAUACACCAUGGGGGACGCUCCUGACUAUGACCAAAGCCAGUGGCUGAACGAGAAAUUCAAGCUGGGCCUGGACUUUCCCAAUCUGCCAUAUUUAAUUGAUGGGUCACACAAGAUCACCCAGAGCAACGCCAUCCUGCGCUACCUUGCCCGCAAGCACAAUCUGUGUGGGGAGACGGAAGAGGAGAGAAUUCGUGUGGAUAUUUUGGAGAAUCAACUUAUGGACAACCGCAUGGUGCUAGCCAGGCUUUGCUAUAACCCUGACUUUGAAAAGCUGAAGCCAGGGUACCUGGAGCAACUCCCAGAAAUGAUGAGGCUUUAUUCCGAGUUCCUGGGCAAGCGGCCAUGGUUUGCAGGGGACAAGAUCACCUUUGUGGAUUUCAUUGCUUAUGAUGUUCUUGAGAGGAACCAAGUAUUUGAACCUAAGUGCUUGGAAGCAUUCCCAAACCUGAAGGACUUCAUAUCUCGCUUUGAGGGCCUGAAGAAGAUCUCAGACUACAUGAAGAGCAGUCGCUUCCUCCCAAGACCCGUGUUCUUAAAGAUCGCCAUCUGGGGCAACAAGUAGGGCCUUGGCGGGGUGGGAUUUAGGAUUGAGAUGCCAGAUGUCCUUGGUUUGCAGGGAGCCCUGUGGAGCAGCCAGGACCUCUGCAGCCCCAGAGCCACUGUUUCCUUCUCCCUUCUUUUCCAUCCCGUCCAGACCCCCAAGGCUCACCAGCUCUCUUUUUAGGCUCAUUCAGUGCCUGCCCAACAUAGGUGCUCUAUGCCCAGCAACUCCUUUCCAUGAUCCAGGUACCCUUCUACCCUGCAGUGCCCCCUACAGGCUCCAAGGUACCCUUCUAUACUGAAGUGCCCCUUACAGGCUCCAAGGUACCCUUCUACACUGUAAUGCCCCCUACAGGCUCCAAGGUACCCUUCUGCACUACAGUGCCCCCUACAGGCUCCAAGGUACCCUUCCACCCUGCAGUGCCCCCUACAGGCUCCAAGGUACCCUUCUACCCUGUAAUGCCCCCUACAGGCUCCAAGGUACCCUUCUAUACUGAAGUGCCCCUUACAGGCUCAUGUCUUUGGAUACUUGGUUCCCACGGAUGGCCACUUUGGGCAGUUGUGGGUUCUCUGGCAGGUGGGGGUCUAUCUGGAGAGAGUAGGUUGCUAGGAGCAUAGACUUUGACCUUUGUAGCCAAGUCCUCUUCUGCUUGCUCUCUGUGUCCCGCUGAACAAGACAUGAGCAAGUUGCACUGUGACGGAAGCAUGUGUCACUACAUCUGUGACUCAGGCCUACUGCUAGCCUCCCCUGCCACUUUGAGCUCUAUCUCCUGAACCAUGAACCAGAAUAAAUCGUUCUCCACUUA